AGAGCCUCCAUAAUGGGUCGCGUACGUACCAAGACCAUCAAAAAGGCCGCUAGGGUCAUCAUCGAGAAGUAUUACACUCGGUUGACGCUCGAUUUUCACACCAACAAGAGAAUAUGCGAGGAGAUUGCUAUCAUUCCGAGCAAGCCUCUUAAAAACAAGAUUGCUGGGUUCGUUACGCAUCUAAUGAAGAGGUUGAGACACAGCCAAGUCCGUGGAAUCUCAAUCAAGCUUCAAGAGGAAGAGAGAGAACGCAGAGACAACUACGUUCCAGAAGUUUCGGCUCUCGAACACGACGUGAUCGAGGUCGAUCCGGAAACUAAAGAAAUGUUGAAGAUGUUGGAAUUCAGCAACAUCUCUGUUCUUCAGCUUGUCCAGCCACCGGCGCAUCAAUUUAACCGAAGAAAUUAA